CGGUCCCCAUAGCAACCCCAGCAGCUUGCCUGAGCAAACGAAAUGGCUGAUGUGGCCUCCGGCUUGGAGGGCCUGGAUCUGGGGGCCCUGAGCCCAGAGCAGCAGGCACAGCUCAUGGAGUUCAAGAUUAACACUCGCAUUGCCAAUGAGAAGUACCUGAGGUCUCACAAAGAAGUUGAGCUGCUGCUAUCAGGAUUUCUGAGAGAAAUUAUGCUGAGAAGACCAGAGAAUAUCCCUGAGUUUGCAGCAGAACAUUUUACGGAUCCGGAGCUUCCAAUGAAGACGCAGAAAAAACUAGCGGAAAAAGCAAACCAGGUGAAUUGAGAGAGACGUGACCCACUCUUUCCUUGCUGAAGCAGGAUAGAAAUUUAGGAGAUUUUUUUUUUGGACGAUUUUUAGAUUUAUCCUCCAGCUUCUCUGGAAUGUGUUUAUUUUUAUUUUGAAAGCUUUGCAAUAUGGCUAAUAAUUCUCAGUUGUAUAGUGUCCUCUGGAGGCAGAGAGAGAGAUUGCACCACCUUUGUUGCUGGUGCUGUUUCAUGCUUUACAGCUGUAUGUUCUGACGGCAUCAUUAAAAUAGAUCUGCUGGGCAA